AUGUCUUCAGGCCCGCCCGCCAACCAGGACGCACUCAUUGCUGAGCUCGCAAGCUUGACCGGUCUAGCUCCGACAGAGGCUGAACAGUACUUGAACGCAGGCAACUGGGACAUCCAGACCGCUGCAACACUCUACUUCGACCAAGCCGCGCCCGAAGAGGGAGAACCGGACGUAGAUAUGGCAGGCGACGACGAGCCCCAGAAUCCGAACCCCAACCCGCCGCAACAGCAACAGCCUGGUGGCGGACGCACGCUUGCAGGCGCCUAUGUGCCUCCAGACCCGUCUGAAGCAUCCUCGUCGCGAGGAGCAGCUAGCGGUAGUCGGCAACCACAGCGAGGGGGAAUGGGGACGCUGCGGGACUUGCAGUCGUCGGGCGCCGGCCGGGGACCCAGUCACGACGACGGCGACCAUGGCUCAGACUCGGACUACCAGGAUGACGAGAACCAGGACUUCUUUGCCGGUGGUGAGAAGUCGGGCCUCGCGGUGCAGAACCCUGGGGCGAAUAAUCCGCGAGACCAGAUCAACAACAUCCUCCGCCGUGCGCGACAGCUAAUCGAGUACAGGAAUGCCCCUCGACCCGGCGGUGACGACGAGCAGCCUUCCUCCCACUUUCGGGGCGCUGGCAUGACACUGGGUGGCGACGAUGCUCCCUCUCGCGUCAUCCCCGAUCCUAUCGCCAGCGUCCAGCAACCACCUCCGCGGGCACACCGCGAGCUGCAUCUUUGGCGAGAUGGCUUCUCCGUCGAUGACGGCCCUCUCUUCCGCUACGACGACCCCGCCAACGCCCGCACGCUCGAGAUGAUCAAUACCGGCCACGCCCCGCUGCACAUUCUGAACGUCGAGCACGGCCAAGAGGUGGAUGUCGAGGUGCACGCGCAUAAAGACGAGGACUACGUGAGGCCGAAGAAGAAGUACGUUCCCUUUUCCGGUGCUGGCCAGCGUCUCGGUAGUCCCACUCCCGGUGCGAUUGCGGUAGCGGCCCCUCCUGCAGCGGCUGCACCCUCCGGUGCCACUGCAUCCUCGGCUGCCUCCGGCGCUGCGCAACCAUCCGUCGACGUCGACUCUUCGGCUCCCAUCGUCACGCUUCAGAUUCGGCUCGGAGACGGUACACGCCUGCAGUCGCGCUUCAACACGACGCACACCAUCGGCGAUGUAUACGACUUCGUGAAUGCAGCGAGCCCCGCCAGCCAGCAGCGAGCGUACGCGCUCAUGACGACCUUCCCGUCGAAGGAGUUGACCGACAAGUCGCAAGUGCUGGGCGACAUGGCAGAGUUCAAGCGCGGCGGCGUGGUGGUGCAGAAGUGGACAUGAGGAUGUACAGG